AUGCGUGGGAAUGGUGAUUAUGACUGUAGAAAGGCCUUAGCCUUGUGGAUAAGAACCGAUGCUUCAAAUCAUGGAUUAGACAACUUUAAUACUUACAACACCCCUCAUUCGUUGGUUGAUUGUGAUAUGAUUUUUAAGUCUGCCGGUAAUAUAUGGCCAGGGAUUGGUGAGGAAAUCCUGCCUAACAGAAUAAACUGGUAUAUGUGCCAUAGAAGGAGAAAUAUGGACACGCGGAAUAGUAUCUGGAAUAACUCUAGCAAUUUACGGAGAGAGGUAAUACAGCCGGUAGUUGCCAGCGCCAUGCUAGAAUUUUCCAAUGAAGAAUUAGAACAGAUCAAAAUGCUUUUACAAGGCAUCUGA